CCUUUCCAACAGUUGCAUUUUCACAUGGUCUGCUUGACGCUGCGUGUUGCUUCCCAUACAGAUGAGAUCUGAAGAGUCACGCACUCCUUGACGUCGGCUGGCUGCGGCUCCGCGCUCCAGCUCCACAGCACGUAUUGGGCAACGUGACUGUUCAUCCCCUCAACCAAUCCAUCCGUCUUUUAAUACAUUCUGUGUGGAGGUAAAAAAAUAAUACCACAACCACAAAACUCACCUCCACCUCCUCCUCUUCCUCCUCCUCCUCUCCACUCUCGACAAGGAACCGGAGGUUUUGUAGGAAAUCAGGUGCAUACUCGGUUUCUGCGUUACUGGACCUGUCCUCAUUCACUGGAGAUGACUCGUUCCCAGUCUUUGGAUGCAGCGGUGUUGUAGCGGGGAGCGCAUCCCAUCUCCUCGCUCCCUCGUCUCGGAACUCCCUUGCGUUCCCCGUCCGCCGAGUUGCCGUGAGCAACGAAAAAUAUUAAGGCAAGGCAAAAGUCAAGCUCUGUUAUGUGAGAGUUCAGCGGAUCUUAAGACGGACUAAGGCUUGCAGGAUCUGGAUGGUUUUGCAAUAGCAAUGGCAGCUGAUGGAAUUGGUGAACAGGGAUGCCAGUGGAUAUUGCGGGACUGCAAUCUAGCGUGUUUGUUGAAUUAUCCUCCGGGGCGCUUCUAGAGUUACUUUUAAUGCAUCUGAACGAAAAGACCUUGUUUUUUCCCCCUGUUUCGAUCUGCAUUAAAAAGCCCACUCAGCUCUGCGAUUGGUGUGCCACCCGCAAAAUAUUUUUUUCACUGUGAAUUCUUCGCUUCUUUGCGAGCACACCUGCUUUUUUGAUCGUUUUAAACAAUUCAGAAAUCCAAAUUUCAGUUGACAUCGGUUGGUGAGCAUAAUACGUGUUUCUUUUGCUUUUUUUACGUCUUUUUUUUUAAAUUCGUUUACCUCUCUGCAGACAGAACCUUGAUUUAUCAGCGGAAGCUCGUUGUGAUAUAAGCCGGGAUUCGAGUUCUGUCUCGCAGCCUCUUGCCUCAGGAAGGACCCGUCAUCAUCGAGCUGGAUAUGUUGACAUUAACGUAAAGAUGGAUUUAGUUUUCGGUCUCUUGUGGCUGCUCACGGUGUUUCUGGAAGGCAUUUAUUGCCAAGGAGUAUAUGCUCCCCCUACUGUUCGCAUUAUGCACUCUGGCCAGGCAUGCAACAUUGAGGAGGAGCGAUACACAGAGAGGGUGUACACAAUCCGAGAAGGGGAGACCCUGGAAUUAACAUGUUUGGUGACUGGCCAUCCAAGACCACAGAUCAGAUGGACCAAAACAGCAGGAAGUGCCUCCGAUCGGUUCCAGGACUCCAGCGUCUUCAACGAGACUUUGCGCAUCACCAAAAUCCUGAGGCACCAGGGGGGGCGCUAUUACUGCAAGGCAGAAAACGGGCUGGGCUCACCGGCUAUUAAGUCCAUCCGGGUUGAUGUCUACUACUUGGAUGAUCCUGUUGUGACAGUGCACCAGAGCAUUGGGGAAGCAAAGGAGCAAUUCUACUAUGAGCGGACUGUAUUCCUGCGCUGUGUGGCCAACUCCAACCCUCCUGUGCGUUACAGCUGGCGUCGGGGACGAGAGAUCCUGUCACAGGGCUCAGACAAGGGUGUGGAGAUCUACGAGCCUUUUUUCACCCAGGGGGAAACCAAGAUCUUAAAGUUGAAGAAUCUUCGGCCUCAGGAUUAUGCAAACUACAGCUGCAUUGCCUCUGUGCGAAAUGUGUGUGGAAUCCCAGACAAGAUGGUCUUGUUUAGGCUCUCAAACAGAACAGCCUCGCCAACGAUCAAACUGCUGGUGGACGACCCCAUCGUGGUGAACCCGGGCCAGACGGUCACCCUGGUGUGCACCACCUCAGGCGGGGAGCCUGCCCCCGCGCUGUCCUGGGUGCGAGGCACCGGCGCCCUGCCGGAGAAGAGCGUGUUAAAUGUGGGAACCCUCACCCUGCCGGCUGUCACCUCUGAGGAUGCAGGAGUCUACAGCUGCGUUGCCAACAAUAACGUGGGGAACCCCGCCAAGAAAUCCACCACUAUCAUCGUUCGAGCCCUGAAGAAGGGAAGGUUCUGGAUCACUCCGGACCCGUACCACAACGACGACAACAUCCAGAUUGGCCGCGAGGUAAAGAUCUCUUGCCAGGUGGAGGCCACGCCCCCAGAGGAGCUGAUGUUCAGCUGGCUGAAGAACGGCCGGGCACUGCGGAGCUCUGAGCGCAUGGUGAUCACCCAGACAGACCCCGACGUCUCCCCGGGCACGACCAACCUCGACAUCAUCGACCUCAAAUUCACCGACUUCGGCACCUAUACCUGCAUGGCAUCCCUGAAGGGCGGGGGCAUCCCGGAGAUCAGUAUUGAUGUGAAUAUCUCCUCCACCACAGUUCCUCCGAACCUGACAGUCCCCAGAGGAAAGUCACCUUUGGUGGCCCAGGAAGGAGAGACAGUGGAGCUUCAGUGCCUUGUUUCAGGGAAACCCAAGCCCAUCAUCCUCUGGUCCAGGGCGGACAAGGAGGUGCCCAUGCCUGAUGGCACCAUGCAGAUGGAGAGCUAUGAUGGGAUCCUGCGCAUCGUCAACGUGUCCAGGGAGAUGACGGGCUCUUAUCGCUGUCAAACCAGCCAGUACAAUGGAUUUAACGUCAAGCCUAGGGAAGCCAUAGUGGAACUCAUUGUUCAGUACCCCCCCACCGUGGAGCCGGUGUUCACCGAGAUCCGUCAAGGCCUGAGCCGGAAUAUUGUGAUGAACUGCAGGGUGCUGCGCGCUUACCCUUCUCGGGUUCUCAAGUACGAGUGGAGGCUGGGCUCCCGGCUGCUGACCUCAAGCCAGUUUGACUCGCGGGAUGACACCGAGUACAUCUUGAGGAACCUGCAGCGGGAGAGCUACGGGGAGUACACCUGUGACAUCAUUAACGAGGCCGGUGCGGGGAGGUGCAGCUUCCUGGUCACAGGCAAGGCCUACCCUCCCGAGUUUUACUACGACACCUACAACCCACUCUGGCAAAACCGACCUCGCGUGUACGCCUACAAACUCCAGUGGACUCAGAUGAACCCUAAUGCAGUGGACCGCAUCAUUGCCUAUCGUCUGGGAAUCAGGCAGGUGAGAGAGGCUGGGCAACAGCGGUGGUGGGAGCAGGAGAUCCCGAUCUCAGGGAUGAUCCAGAAGGGAGAGCUGCUCACCUACAACCUGACGGAGUUGAUCAAGCCCGAGGCCUACGAAGUUCGGCUUACCCCCAUCACCAAAUUUGGAGAGGGAGACUCCACCAUCAGGAUUGUAAAGUACAGUGGGGGCAGAAGAACAUCAGCUCCCACAAAUCCACACUUAAGAGAAUUCCACUGUAGCUUUGAGGAAGAAUCAAUCUGUAUGUUCACUCAAGACAAGAGUGAUGAUUUUGACUGGACGAGGCAUAAUGCAGCAACAAGGCAAAUAAUGUACACCCCCAACACUGGUCCCAGCAGUGACAGGACUGGAUCCAAGCAGGGUUUCUACAUGUACAUUGAGACCUCUCGCCCUCGAAGGGAGGGGGAGAAGGCACGGCUGCUGACCCCCAUCUUUAACGUGGCCCCAAAAAAUCCAUAUGGAGCCACCAAUUCAGCCUACUGUUUCAGCUUCUAUUAUCACAUGUAUGGAAGACAUAUAGGCACACUGAAUGCAUAUCUACGACUGAAAGGCCAAACGUCUUUAGAGAGCCCCAUGUGGACAUUAAGUGGAAAUCAAGGGGAACGCUGGUGGCAGGCCAGAGUAAACAUUCACCCCACAAGUUCCUUCCAGAUGAUGCUUGAAGGUAUUCGAGGCCCAGGAAUGGAAGGAGAUAUUGCCAUUGAUGAUGUCUCCAUUGAUGAAGGAGAGUGUGGAGAUCCCCCACCUAACAAUCUGAGGUCAUUGGCCCCUCCCAAAGGAGCACAUAUAUGGCAGCUUUGUGUCACUCUGCUCCUGGCUCUUUUCAGCCAUCGGAGGUGACCUUUCACUGGCAGAGGCUACAGAAAGAUCUAUCAGGCAUUGGCACGAAGAAGGAGUCUGUGUACUUGGACCUUCAAUAUUAAAUUACCAAAGAUUCAUCCAACUGGACUGCUAUGAGGAAAGCAACACACCUAGGGCUCCCAAGGGAGAAAAAAAAAGAGAAAAAACAAAAUGAAAAAAAAGUAAUAAAGGAAGACUCAAUUAUUUUUUAAAGAAAUAUAUGCAUAAAUGCUCCCAAGGGCAGAAUGGAGAGCUCUUGUCAUCUACUGAGUUGUCGUUCGAACACUACAAGACAAUAAGAAAUGGAUCCUUUUUCUACCACGGAGAAAGACUGAAAUAAGAACAGUCAAGGUUAGAAAGUCUGUGUAAAGCACAAAGACAUGGAUUGGUUUUCUUCUGUAAAGUCAAAGGUACUUUUUUUGCCAAGGAAUCAUAAUGGAUUGCUGAAAAAAAGAAAGUUCACUCUAAACAGGGUAUAGUAGGAGCGUGUUGGCAGUGACUCCUCAAUGCAAAAGCAUUGCCACAGAUAAAUCAGACAGGCUCUUACGCCUUUGGCUGUCAGCUUUUCACUAACUGCCCGAACUCCAAGCGUUCUUAUAUUAUUUUGUUUUUGUCUCUGUUUCGCUGCUACUGACACCAUUUACGCUUUUCACAAAGAAUCACAAAUACAAGCUUUCAUUUUCGCAUGCCUCAUUUAGAACAAUAAAAAAGAAGACAAAAAAAUAUUUAACGUAGGCUGUUUCUUCCUGCAUGAACGGCUGCCCAUUUUCCCCAAAGCUGACCGCACGCAAUAUUGUAGUGGUCUUUCAGAAAUCUGCUUGUGAGUUGUGGAAGGGAGUUGUCCUCUGUAUAUUGUAUUUCUACAACCAGUCCAACACAGGAAUGUGAGCCACUUUCUGCCAUGAAACCAAGUGCCUUCAAAUUUUAACUAAGCCUGAAAGAAAUAAAACAUAUUGAUGAUGUUUCCAUCGUUAAUGGUGGGGCUAUUUUUUUACACAAUCCACAGCCUGCCAGUGUAGUUUAUAGGCAUUUAAUAUUAUCGAAAACACCAUUAGUGAUAACAGUAAUAAUAUAAAAAAAUGUUCAUAAUGACCCGGCUUCUGAAGAUUAAUAGAAAACAAAUCAAUCACUACCCACACCCUUCUGGUUGCAAAAUAGGUAACAGCCAUCAAGACAGCCAUGGCCUUUGAGCAUGCAGUCCCCCUUGGAAUUUAUAAACAGGAAAAAUAAACUUUCACUGCUUUGACUGGAGGUCGGACCUGGUGCUUUGUGCAGAGUUAUUGAAGCAGGAGUAGAAGGACCACCGCAAAUGUCUCCUGGGAUGCGAAGAAAGCAGAGGGCAGCGAUUCCUAUGAUCGAUUGCCCUGAUUUCCAAGAGUAAUCUCCAUUCCAAAUCAAGUGGGCCCUAGGUGUGCCAAAAAAAAAUAAAGCGGAAGAAGGAAAUUCUUCAACAUGCUGGAAGUGCAGUGAAAAGAAAAUGCGUUUCAGCAUUAAGAACUAUCGGACACAGGAUGACGCUGAGAACACGCAUUAUCAAGGAUGAAAUAUAGGCUCCUUGCCUCUGCCAUUUAUCUCCAACUGUGUGGAUUCUGACAAAAUAUUUUAUUACUUUAGUGGGAGUGUAAUAAUACUUUUACACAAACUGGAAAAAAAAUGACUUGGAACUACCUGAGAUCGUACAUUAUCUUAACCAGCUGGUUUUUGAAAUGUAUUGUAAAAUCUCCCUUAUAUUGUUGGUUAUGAUGACAUUUAAAACCUUAUGUUAUUUUAUUUGUUCCUUUUAAUUUGUUGGCCUAAAUGAUCUGACCUUUUAACUUCAUAUAACAGACGUUUUCUGUUUUGGUUUUUUCUUUUGACACAUACAUGUCUUUUCUUGAUACCCUUGCAUUUAAAAAAAAAAUCAAAACAAACAAAAAAUGAUAUGCAAAUAAAAUUGGUGAACAAAUGAUAAAGAAAUGAAAGGUGAAAGUUCUAUUACAUAAACUUUGUGACUAUUGAUACAAAAAAGCACAAGAUGUAAUAAUAAUAAAAAUAAAAUGCAGAGGCUUCA